UGCAGUUUUUCCCCCGCCCUGCACCGCCCUCCUCAAGGCUGUGUGGGCGGUGAGGUAUCGCCGCCUUUGCUGCUCACACGGAAAUGAGUCAAGGGUAAAGAUUGGCAGUGCUAAGGCGCCGAUAUCUCGUUUCCUACUUGACCAACUGCUCUCCUGCUGUCAUAAAAUAACGAUGGCCGUGAACGUAUUUUCCACGAGUGCGACGACCGAGAACCUGAGUCGCCAUGACAUGCUCAACUGGGUCAACGAUUGCCUACAGUCAAACUUUGUCAAGGUGGAGGAGUUGUGUACAGGGGCGGCCUACUGUCAGUUCAUUGACAUGCUCUUCCCAGGCACUGUCAUGCUGAAAAAGGUAAAAUUCAACACAAACCUUGAGCAUGAAUACAUCAAUAACUUCAAGAUCUUGCAGUAUGCUUUCAAGAGACUGCAAGUUGACAAGAUUGUUCCUGUUGAUAAGUUGAUAAAAGGAAAAUUCCAGGACAAUUUUGAGUUUCUGCAGUGGUUCAAGAAAUUCUUUGAUGCCAACUAUGGAGGGCAAGAAUACGAUGCCCUCGGAGCACGACUAGGGGAGUCAAUGGGAGGCAAGGGAGGAGGCAUGCGAAAACCAGCCCCUCCCACCAGCAUGCGGCCUGCAAUGAGCCGCCCUGCUCCAGCUGUGGGCGCUCGGCAGACCCCCACCCGCAUUGCCUCCCGGCCUGUUGUUAACAACCGGUCACCUGCCGGUAGCAAUGCACAGGUUGAAGAGCUCUCUAAUCAGCUCAUGGACUUGAGACUCACAGUAACUGGAUUAGAAAAGGAGAGAGAUUUUUACUUCGGCAAGCUAAGAGAAAUUGAAGUUUUGUGUCAGGAUGAGGGUGAGAAUGACGACUUUGUAGCAAAAGCAAAGGUGUUGGACAUCUUGUAUGCCACAGAGGAUAGUUCUGCUGAGAAUCCAGACGCCUUUACUGAGAACCUUCCAGACCGAUCACAGGAUGGCUUUGCUGCCCCUGAGGACGCGGAGGAUGUGCCCCCGCCCCCUGAGGAAGAGGAGGAGUAUUAGGCACAGCCUCCACUGCACCCUCACAAACACACACUCCUGCUGGUGGUCCUUCACGCUUGGCUCUGAUAAUAUCAGGUGUAACGCUCUUUGGGGACAGAGGUAACCUUGUUACAGGGUGAUUUAUACAGUUAUUCUCAAGUUCACAAUCAUGCUAUUCAUUUGUAUUAUACUUUAUUAUAAAGUAAUAGUGCUUUAAAUAAUGCAUCAAGAUAAGAGGCUGAGGAAAUGCACUUCUAUUGACAAUAAGUAAACAGUUAUGAAGUUUUAUUUCAGGAAAAAAUUGUACAACAUAUAACUGUGUUCCUAACCAUGUUGAUACCAUGGAGGAAGCCGUAAUAUAAAAACAUGCUGGACAUAAUAUGUAUUUUUCUUGAUAGUGGCAUAUCAAAUGCAGUGGAAGUGAUAAUGUUUGGAGUAUGUAAAGGUCUUAACGAAAUUAUAUUUGGUAACUGAUUCAUGUAAGGUGAAGUCCAUGUAUAAAGUGUUGUACAACUAUCUCCAGCUUCAGGUGUGAAUGCUUUAUCUGUAUGGCUGAUUGAAUGUUAAGUGCAUAGCCUGUAUUAGUCACUCACCACUCCCUGAAGCAUUCCCUUUGCCUGCAUGUGGUUCUGUCACAAUGCUCUUAAUCCAUUUAUGCUUUAAUAGGACACUCUUGUUACAGAACCCACCUUAAUAAUGAUGAAGAGGAUGAUCUUGUGCAGGAUAAUGUAGGUUCGAUUUUAAUGUUGUAUACUAUAUCUAACUUUUUUGUUCAUUAUGAGUAUUUUUUCUCGGUACUUUUUCACUGAAUGUGAAGAAAGUUUUACCAUGAUUAUUGAUGAUUUCUAUAUCACUUGCUUGUUAUACUACCCUCUGAAAGUCAAAGAAUCUUGCAAUAUAAUAUAACCUCUGAAUAUAUUUUAAAGCCUUUUUUUUAUUAACACAUUGGUGAAAAAUGUACAUAAAAAGUGUACUUUCAGUGAGCAAUUUUCACUGCCAAAGAGGGAAAGGCCGGAUAUUAUGAUCAGGUUGGUUUAUGGUUCUCUAACAGCCUCGAGUUUGUGGGUGGCUGGGUUCUAAUCUAGUCCUGGAGGCAUGAGGCUUGCAGUGAUGUGAACCCAUCAGUUGUUUCACGAUGCAAUCGGUCACACAUUAUCAUACUAUUAAGGGGAUGGAAGUGUGCUCUUGUUCUCCAUUAGUGAUGAAAUAAAAGAAGGUUCAGUCUUUAUUAGGGCAGUAAUUUCUCAGGAGAAAAGGAUUAUGUAAUGCAUUGUGGGACGUCUCUUGACCCAAGUUAGUGAUGAUGGAAUACCAUGAGAAAUGAAUAAGUUCACCUUAUUUACUCAACACAUCACAAAGACCAAAUUUAAAAUGGCAAAAACUGUGAACAGGUAAGCUGUUAUAUGCAGUAUUGGAGAGUAACUGCUAAGGGCACAGAACAGGGGACCCAUUGCCCACCAGAAGUAAAGUUAUUCUCAAAUGAAACUCAACCCUUACUCCUUAUUUGCAUACUCAAUCAAUAGAGGGAUUGUUUUGAACCUCAGGAGCAAAUCUAUACAUUAUAAGAUAAUGAGGUGUGAGCUGGAAUCUGGGAUAUUUUGCCUUAAAUUACCACAGUCCCAGUGUUGUGGCAGUUGGUUUGGUUUUCUCCUGACACCAGUUUUAGAAUAGAAAAUGUCAUGAGUCCUGUAGAUAUAGAUCACAUUACUGUGUAUAUUUUUUCUAAUGACUGGAUUUCUUAUUGUACAUUUCUUCAAUGUUGCGUAACAAGGUGUUGGUUUAGCUGUCUGUACUAUACGCACUUUCAUCCACUAUGCAUUCCAGAGCUCAUUGCCCAUGACAUGACAGACAGAUUUCCUGCAACUUUGCCUCAUGACUUCAAAAAAUCAGAAGUGGUAAUGAUGGUAUGUAAUAGGCUUUAACAAAUUAACAAUGAGCAGACAGGCUUGUGGCUGCAUAGGUCUCAGUUCUUACCAAUUAAUUUUUUACCCUUAUGAAAUUAAAUUGAAAAUAUUAUAUUGUUUCUAAGAUAUUUUUACCAAGCUUGAUAUUACUAGCUGUUUCUCAUCUUGAGUCUCAUGCAUGUGAGAAACUGCUGAAGUUGUGGCAGGACUCUUGGCUUCUCUGUGUGUGCAGCAUUAGGCCUCAACUGUUGCUGUUUAUGGUUUGACAAAAUAUGUGGUAUUGCAUUAUAAGUUAGGAAGCCAGGUAUCAAAAUGUUGUUGCUGCAGUAAACUGUCAGAUUAAAGUAUAUUAUUUUCAUGUACUUAUUUAUGUUUGAUAUUGAUAAGUUAAUGGAACAUCAAAGUAUCUCUACUUAAACAUCAAUAUUUGUUUACUUUUAAUAAGGUACAUUAGUGUUUCAUACUGUAUUUAAAAUAUUAUAAAGAUAAGCAUAUUGCUGUCUUAUCUAUCUAUAGCUUUAAAUCUAUUUCCUAGACAGUAUUUGACUCCUCAGAACUCCGGUGGUCGAUAUUGUGUUCUAGUAUGUGUUACUAGUUUGUUUGCGACCAGAUCUAAUACCCAUUGUUAUGCAGAGAUGGAAACAGUCUAUGUGACACCUCACUGGUUCAAUUUCCUGUGCAGUAUAAGCAGUUCAUAAGAGAAGUUGAUUUAUAACAAUAAAACUGAAAAGUU